AUGGAAUCAGCCUUUGGGGGCGAGAAAGAAUUCUCCAUAGACCUUUUCUACUUUUUAAUACUUCAUAAUAAUGGAAUUUUUAUGAUGGGCACGAGACGUUUCAUAAAGAAAAAUGCGAUGAGAAAAAAUAAUAAAGACAACGACAUGGAAGUGAACAGCCAAUACGUGCAAUAUUUUAAUUGA